CUACAGCCUUCGAGUCGGCCCUCUAUCUCUUCGAUAAGAGUUCACGUCGUCUCGUCUACCCAUUCCGUUCCGUUCCCGGUACCUGGUAUCGGAUCGAUCGCGUUUUCGCUUCUGUUUAUCAUUGGCGGGGAGCCUGACUUCAGCUUUAGCUCAGCAGAGCUCGACUUCUGGAUUCGGAGCCACACGCGCAUUUGGCUACCGUUAGACAUCUGGGUUUACGAUUGAGAUAUUUGAGGACUUGAAAUGGCUGCUCCUACACAACUUGCUUACCGCACGGUCAAGGGGGUUGGCAUCUUGGAUGCUUCUCCUGUGUACGAGCCCUUGGCGGGAUUUGAGAGGUAUAGUUUUGCGUCACUGCUACAAGGUGAGCACGUCACUAACGCGAAUCCCGACAGACCUGAGGGGAACCUCCGAUGCAGCGCUUAUUCUCCCGACGGCCGAUACUUCGCCUGGGCAUCUCCCGAGAAGGUUACCAUCAUUGAUCCGUCCGUCGGUCAUGUCGUUUCUACCAUUCCCGCCGAGAAUGUUUUCGAGCUAGGUUUCUCGCCGCUUGGAACUUAUUUGAUUACGUGGCAGCGCCCUACCAAGGACCCCAAUGGGGACGCUGUCAAGAAUCUUAAAGUCUGGCAGGUGGCGGAGCUGGAGUCGGGUGAGAACCGGAUUGUGGGACAAUAUGUCCAGAAAUCGCAGACCGGUUGGAACAUCCAGUACAGCGCCGACGAGAAAUUGUGUGCCCGCGUCGUAACAAACGAGGUCCAGUUUUACCAGAGCGAUGAUCUGUCUAAGGUCUGGAAUAAGCUGCGUGUGGAGGGGGUGGCAGACUUUGCGCUUUCGCCCGGCCAGAAUCUGUCGGUUGCCGUCUUCAUUCCUGAGCGAAAGGGACAACCUGCCGCCGUCAAGGUGUUUCUGGUGCCCCAGUUUGGAGCGCCGGUCUCGCAAAAGACGUUUUUCAAGGGUGAUAAGGUUCAAUUGAAGUGGAACGCGUCAGGCACUAGCUUGAUUGUUCUCGCUCAGACUGAAGUUGAUAAGACUGGCAAGAGUUACUAUGGAGAGACCACUCUCUAUCUCUUGAGCUCUAGCGGCCAGUUUGAUUCUCGGGUUCAUCUGGACAGAGAAGGCCCGAUUCACGACGUCAGCUGGUCUCCUACUUCUAAGGAAUUCGGUGUCGUGUACGGCACUAUUCCGGCCAAGACGACCAUUUUCAAUGUUCGCGGUGUUCCCAAACACAGCUUCCCCCUGACACCCCGAAACACCAUUUUGUUCUCGCCCCAUGGUCGUUUUGUUCUCGUCGCUGGCUUUGGGAACUUAGCUGGUCAAAUGGACAUUUACGACAUGGAGAAAAACUACAACAAGAUCACUACUGUGGAGGCAGCUAACUCGAGUGUAUGCGCAUGGUCGCCUGACGGCCAGACUAUUCUGACUGCGACCACCAGCCCUCGUCUGCGCGUUGACAACGGCAUCCGUCUCUGGCACGUCAGCGGAGCUCUGUUGUAUAACGAGGACAUUAAUGAGCUCUACGACGUUUUCUGGCGCCCGCAGUCGACGAUUCAGCACCCGCUGGGCGAUCCGUUCAACCCAUUGCCUGCUCCGCACGCCUCCGCGAUAGCUUACCUCAGCACAAGAAAGGCUCCAGUCAAGCCCGCCGGUGCAUACCGACCCCCUGGGGCGCGUGGCCAGUCCACACCGCUUGCCUUCCGCCGUGAAGACCAGGGUGGAGCUGCCUACGUUCCUGAAGGUACCGCGACUGGUGGCGCAUUGAACGGCCCUGCCCGGCCUCGUAGGCGCGUCGUGCCUGGUGCCGAGCCAGUGGAGGAGUUCCUUCCCCCGGGAGCCGCUCCUGGAGGGGGCGUCGCCCUACCACCAGGUGCCGACCAGCCGGAGAAGCUAUCCAAGUCAGCGGCACGAAACAAGAAGAAGCGUGAAGCCCGCAAGCUCAAGGAGGGCCAGCCUGAGGAGGGUGCCAACAGCAACCCUAGCCCGCCUGGGGAGAAGAAGAAGGAGGGAGCUCGUAAGAACGGACAGCAGCAGCAGAAGCAGCCAAACGGCACCAAGGCUGCUCCAGCUGCAGCUGCGACUCCGGAGCCCGUCGAGGAGGGUGCUCCCACUGUCCAGGAUAAGAAAAUUCGCGGACUCUUGAAGAAAAUCCGCGCGAUCGAGGACCUGAAGAUGCGUUUGGCCGGAGGUGAAAAGUUGGAGGAUACACAGAUGAAGAAAAUCCAGACCGAGGACUCGGUGCGCAAGGAAUUGGAGAGUCUUGGCUACACUGGAGCGGCGUAG